CUUGCUGUCGGAGAAGGAUUGGCUCAGCGGCGCGAUGCAGACCGCGGAGAGCAGAGUGGGGGAGGGGUCCGACAGCCCGACCGCGCGCGCGUGCAAGACGGGCAUGCAAAAGCUGCGCGGUCUCUUCAUCAAGGGAUCCAAGGGUCGGCUGCGCGGCGACGGCAACGACGAGGAGGCGAUGGCGGGAAAGCGGGGCACGCUCGAGUACAACGAGGAGGAGGAGGCCAUGGAGGAGAUUUCCGAUCUGCCGGAGAUCAAUCGCAGCGGCUCCAAGCCCUUUGGUAGCGGGUGGGGCCCAGCCUCUCCGGCGACGCCGCGCGGCCUGCUCGGCGGCGCGCAGCCGGUGGCGCGCGACGCGAGCCUCGAGCACCACGCGCCCCCCGAGUGGGUGGUGACGUACGUGCGGCUGCUGCGUGGCCGCCCUCUCCGCUGGUUCUUCCUCCUCCUCUGGCUCUCGCUCACCCUCUCCGGCGCGUCGAUCUACUUUCCCCUCACGCGGAUCCUCAAGAUCUCGGUGGAGCCUCCGUACGGCUCAGAGAGCGAGGCGGCGAAGAUCACGUACGCGGAGAACUUUCCUCCCGAGCCGGUGACGCUGGUGGCGCUGCUGUCGACCAACCAGCGCAACGCGCCCAACCAGACGCUAAUCAACGCCGACGCGGAGAUGCAGCUCGAGCUGCUGCCGCCCUUCUUCUCGUACAACCCGGAGGGAGACCUCACCGCGGAGACCGAGUCCAUCUCCCUCGACCUCAAGAAGCGCGUCCAGCCCUACCUCGAGCUAGUCGAGUGGCCGGCAGAUGUGGCGAGCGGGCAGCAGGCGGGGGAGGCCAGCGCAGAACGCGGCUCGACGUCGGUUCGAGCCUCGGGCGUGCCCGCGCCGCCGCCGUCCCCAGCGCAGCUCAAGCCGAAGUGCGAGUUCAACUUUUACUCCUUCUUCGACAUGCCGUUCGAGGUCCAGAUGGUGGCGCACUCGUUUCUCUUUCCGAGCAACUUUGGCGGGCAGGAGGGCAUGAUCGCCGUGCACCUCGUCAGCUGCUACGGCCACGCUAUCUACAAGGAGUGCGUCUACAAGCACGAGUGGUUCUGCGAGCCGGUCGCCGAGCUGCUCGAGUCAUGGGCGGGCUACCGCGAGUGGAGGAUGGAGGAGUUCCCAGAGUCGCCGGUCGACUUGACGUUUGUCUCGUACCCGGUCGUCUACGAGGAUAUCAUCAUGGGGAUCGAGUGGGGGAUGGCCCUCUCGACGGUCGCGACCAUCCUCGCCUUCAUCGUGCUCGCAAUCAUGCUGCGCAACAUCCGGCAGCUCGGCCUCGUCGCCUGCAACAUUCUGACCGGGAUC